UUGUCUGUUGCAGGUAUUGUAGCUCCGGUCUCAAUAUGCAUGGCACUAACAGUUUUUCUCGUUCGGGUCUUGAACCCCAACGGCGAUUCUGACACAUCUGCCCUUUUGAUAGCUUCAGCAUACUAUGCAGAAAAGGCAGAUGAUUCCACCGGAACAAAGCUGGCGGGUUCCGUCAUUAACGCUCUCAUCUUUGUGGUCAUAGUUGGACUCAUGACCUUUGUUCUCGUUCUCCUCUUCAAAUAUGGGUGUGUGCGCUUCAUAUAUGGCUACAUGGCAUUUGCCGGCUUCAGCAUCUUCUUCUUCCUCACUGGAGUCAUUGCGCUGCAACUCAUUGAGAAGGCGUCCCUGCGGCUGGAUGCCUUCUCUUUCCUGUAUAUACUCUUCAACUUUGCGGUGGUGGGAGUGGGCAGCGUAUUCUUCUGGCCAGCGCCAGUGCUGCUUAAGCAGGGAUAUCUGGUCGUGACCGGGGUGGUGACGGCCUACAUGUUCACGUUCAUUCCAGAAUGGACAACCUGGACCCUGCUGAUUGCCAUGGCGCUCUAUGACUUGUAUGCAGUCCUCACUCCUGGAGGACCCCUGAAGGUCUUGGUGGAGCUGGCCAUUGAGCGGGAUCAGGACAUUCCGGCACUCAUCUAUGAGGGCCGCUCAACGGUGCGUUCACUUGCGGGGCAGAGUCAGCGGGAGCAGGAUGGAGCGGUGUCUGCAGCCACACCAGGAAGUGGUGACGAGCUGGCAGUGCUGCCACUGGGGACACAGCCAGACAUCACCUCUGAAGAUGAGGGCAGCACGGCGCACAGGGAUGGAGAGAGGGUGGAUGAGAUAAUUGCAGAUGCUUCAGAGAACGGGGAUGGAGUUGGGAGCUCUGGUAGAGCGGCAGCAGGUACAUGGCAGCUGACCUCAUUGGCAGGACAUGAUGGAGUCUCUCACAGAGGCAAGAUGAUGGGGGCAGGUGGUUCUGUGCCACUGCCACUGCCGACGGCGCCCCUGAACCCUCAGAGGCACGUUGGCCACACUCACGAAAGCGAGGACGACGAGAUGUGGGGCCUGCCGGACUCCAUAAAGCUGGGCCUUGGCGACUUCAUCUUCUACAGUGUGCUGGUCGGCCGCGCCGCCAUGUAUGACAUGCUCACCGUCUUCGCCGCCUACCUCGCCAUCAUCGCCGGCCUGGGCAUGACGCUGCUGCUGCUGGCGGUUGCCCAGAAGGCGCUGCCUGCGCUGCCCAUCUCCAUAGCCCUGGGCGUCAGCUUCUACUUCACCACACGGCUACUGCUGGAGCCCUUCAUUCUGCCUCUCAGCACCAACCUGCUCAUGUUCUGA